CUUCGUUUGGGAGGAAGUGGGUAUGUUACUGGACGGGACGACAUGGUGGGCUGGACAUCAAGCAUCACAACAUCUGGGGUAGUCUAGUUUCCGUGUCUGAUUUUGAGGUGAAACACGGCACCUGAACCGACAGGAUGGACCUGCUCCUCGGCGUGUCUGACCGGUUCGUCUUCACCCCGUACGUGUACCCCGCGUCAUGGCCGGAGGACGAGCCUCUGCGCCAGAUCAUCGGCCUGCUGAUCGUGACCAACCUGGGUGCCGCCGUCCUCUACCUCCUACUGGGCGCGCUCAGUUACUACUUCAUAUUCGAUCACGACCUGAAGAAGCACCCGCACUUCCUCCCGAAUCAGGUCCAGCGUGAGAUUAAGUACGCGCUGACGUCUCUGCCCUGGAUCAGUCUCCCCACCGUGGCCUUGUUCUUCGCAGAAGUGCGGGGCUACAGCUAUCUCUACGACAACGUCCACGACUCACCCAGAGGUUGGUCAGGGCUGAUCUUCAGCAUGGUCUCUUUUCUCUUCUUCACGGACAUGUGCAUCUACUGGAUCCACCGCUUCCUCCACCACAAACUCAUCUAUAAGUACUUCCAUAAGCCCCACCACGUGUGGAAGAUCCCCACACCCUUCGCCAGCCACGCCUUCCACCCGGUGGACGGCUUCCUGCAGGGGCUGCCCUACCACAUCUACCCCUUCCUGUUCCCCCUGCACAAGGUGCUGUACCUGGGCCUGUACGUCUUCGUCAACGUGUGGACCAUCUCCAUCCACGACGGAGACUACCGCGUGCCCCGCCUGCUCCAGACGCUCGUCAACGGCGCCGCCCACCACACGGACCACCACCUCUUCUUCGACUACAACUACGGCCAGUACUUCACCCUGUGGGACCACAUCGGCCGCUCGUACCGCCACCCGUCGGCGCUGGCCGGGAAGGGCCCGUUGGACCUCGUGAGGAGGAUGAUGAUGGAGGCGGGGGGGGGGAGCGGGACGAAGGACAAGGGAGCGUAGGUCAGAAGAUGAGGAUGACAUCAUCGCAGACCAGCCAUGAAAACUAAAACAAAAACAGCACUUACAGUGUGGCCUAUAAAUCUACAAAAACAAAACAGCACUUUUCAGUGGCCCAUAAAUCUCACACAGCACUUCUGUUUCAUAAAUCUGACUUGUCACCAGCAUGAAGAAAAGAUGGGCUUUGAUUGGCAGCGGUUGAAAAACGAGCGUCAAGUAGCAUGUAUUGAGUUUCUGAGUGACAGGUAAUUGGUGCACACACACCAUGAGUCAAAAGAACAUUUCAUUAUUUGAAGGAGUCAACUGUAGUAUUAACAGUUAAUUUCAAAACAUCUGGAACUUCAAAAAAAUCAGUUCCAAAUUUCUGUCAAUUUCAUUUAAUCAGUCAAUUAAAGUUAAUUGAAGGAGGAACUAUGACCAAUUGUAGGGAGCAGUUUCAGCCUCUGGACGGUAUAAAAGGGCUUGUUUGUGGACGCGUCAGUAAUGAUGUGUGACUCUGAUGACUUCCUGGUGAAGGAUGGCGAAGCGGCGCAUAUGUGAGGUUAAGGGUUAAGGGUUAGGGGUUAUCAGGGACCCAGAGGGCAGGUACAUCUACAUAUCCAGGAUUGAGAAUGGUUAGCGUGUGUGCUAUUAGCAUGUGUGAUGUUAGCAUGUAUGAUGCUCUUUACACAAGGGGAAGGAGGCAGUAGAAAUAUCUUCAUCUUUUGUUUUGUUUUAUUAUUGUGUCUUGGGGAAAGACAAAGCACCUCCCCCCACACACAUACACACACACACACACACACACACACACUGAGUUGGUUUUUCCCAGAUUUUGCUGUGAACUGUGCACUUUGCCAAACGUGUGUGUUGGUGUGUGUGUGUGUGUGUGCGUGCGCCAUAAGGACUGUGAAUAUAUUUGUGUUUGUAAUGUUUUACUACAUAGGCAGGAUAGUUACCCAUAUUCACAUGAUAAACAUCACUACAUAUUAGGAAGUUUAGUUAUACAAGAAAGGGACCUGCAGUAGGGGAAUCAUUUCCAAAUUGUAGAGAUAAUUUCUAGAGCUGGUGGUCAUAUUGUUUUAGUUUUCAGUACAGUUUUAUAAUUAAGUGGUUGAAUUAUAAUUAAACUGAUGCUGAAUUGCCAAGGCAUAUUUUUCAUUCUUAGUAGACCACAAUGACGUGGUUGAAAGCUUGCUGUUUUACUAUUUACCAGAUUAUGUUGCUUUAAAUAUUUAUUUAUUUUUCCAGAGAUUAACAGUCAUUCCAGUUCCUACACCAAGUCUGGCUCCAAACUAGCAGAGUAGAGUCCACCAACAGGCUUAUGAGUCAAUCACAGAGCAACAGGCUUAUGAGUCAAUCACAGAGCAACAGGCUUAUGAGUCAAACACAGAGCAACAACAGGCUUCUGAGUCAAACACAGAGCAACAGGCUUCUGAGUCAAACACAGAGCAACAGGCUUCUGAGUCAAACACAGAGCAACAACAGGCUUAUGAGUCAAACACAGAGCAACAACAGGCUUCUGAGUCAAACACAGAGCAACACACAGAGCAACAGGCUUCUGAGUCAAACACAGCAACAGGCUUAUCUAUCAAACACAGAGCAACAGGCUUCUGAGUCAAACACAGAGCAACAGGCUUAUCUAUCAAACACAGAGCAACACACAGAGCAACAGGCUUGUGAGUCAAACACAGAGCAACAGGCUUCUGAGUCAAACACAGAGCAACAACAGGCUUACCUGUCAAACACAGAGCAACAACAGGCUUCUGAGUCAAACACAGAGCAACAGGCUUAUGAGUCAAACACAGAGUGGAGUCCAUCUGAGUCAAACACAGAGCAACAACAGGCUUAUGAGUCAAACACAGAGCAACAGGCUUAUGAGUCAAACACAGAGUGGAGUCCAUCUUGAGUCAAACACAGAGCAACAACAGGCUUAUGAGUCAAUCACAGAGCAACAACAGGCUUAUGAGUCAAACACAGAGCAACAGGCUUCUGAGUCAAACACAGAGUGGAGUCCAUCUGAGUCCAACACAGAGCAACAACAGGCUUAUGAGUCAAACACACAGCAACAGGCUUAUGAGUCAAACACAGAGCAACAACAGGCUUAUGAGUCAAACACAGAGCAAAAGGCUUCUGCUGCUAACCGUGGUUUUAAAUCAAAUAAAGAAUCUGUAUCUUUAUCUGUUAAAA